AUUUGAUGAACAAGAGACAGAAAUAAAAUACAAUACAGCUGGCUCUUCAUUCUGAUUCAUCCAUCAUCAUCUUCAUCUUCAUCUUCCUCCACCGAGUUCCUUCCUCUACACAGAACAACAUCAAAGCUAGUUGCUGUUGUUUCUCAGGAAUUGGGCAUUGAUAGCUUAGCUUGUUUUGGACUAACAUGCCUUCAUAAAUGCUGUCUGGCAUUUGAAGAAUUGACCUCCACUCUACUUGUAAGCUCAUGACGCGGAGUUGCUGUGAGAUACAAGUAGAGAAGCAAGAUGAUUGAGCAGUUCAUCAAUUUCGUUAUUCGGCCUCCCAGGGCGGAGUAUAACCCAGAUCAGUAUCUGUGGGAAAAGGAAUUCUCCCUUGCAGGUAAAACAUAUCAAAGGCAGGAUUUGGAGCUCAAGAAUACCCGAGGCUAUACCUUGAAGUGCAGUCAUUAUCUUCCUUCUCCUUUCCCUGAAGACACUUCUCUUCCUUGUGUUGUAUAUUGCCAUGGAAAUAGUGGAUGUAGGGCAGAUGCCAAUGAAGCUGCUGUAAUUCUUCUUCCAUCAAAUAUUACUGUUUUUACUCUUGACUUCUCGGGGUCAGGCUUAUCUGAUGGAGAUUAUGUUAGUCUUGGUUGGCAUGAAAAAGAUGAUCUCAAGAUUGUGGUGUCGUAUUUGAGAAGCAACCAACAAAUAUCUCGUGUAGGUCUCUGGGGACGAUCAAUGGGUGCUGUUACUAGCCUUCUUUAUGGAGCUGAAGACCCUUCAAUUGCUGGAAUGGUGUUGGAUAGUGCCUUUUCAAACUUAUAUGAUCUCAUGAUGGAGCUUGUGGAUGUUUAUAAGAUUCGGCUCCCAAAGUUCACUGUUAAAAUGGCUGUGCAAUACAUGCGACGGGUUAUUGCGAAGAAGGCAAAGUUUGAUAUUAUGAAUCUGAACUGUUUGCCGGUUGCAUCGAAGACAUUCAUUCCUGUUUUAUUUGGACAUGGAAGUGAUGACAAAUUCAUUCAACCACACCACUCUGAUCGCAUCUCUGAAUCCUAUGCAGGUGAUAAAAAUAUCAUAAAGUUCGAUGGUGAUCAUAACUCCUCUCGACCCCAGUUCUUUUAUGAUUCAGUUUCCAUUUUUUUCUACAAUGUCCUCCGCCCUCCUCAUGUUUCUAGUGCUCAUAAGCUUGAGAAAUAUUAUGAUUUUGGGGAUUUGAAACUUGGUUCUGGUGUGGAUGAGAGCCUAUUAUAUGAGAUUCUCUCGAGUUUGCGGUCUGUAACUACUGAUGCUGCAAGUUCAUCUUCUGCGCUUCCAACAACUUCUACCACAAAAUCUGUUAGCGAACUUCUUUCAGCAGUUGCCCCCUUGACUGAUGAGUCUAUGUUGAAAGAAGAUAAUACACACGACAAUCAUGAAACUGGCCAGGAUGAGCCCACAGAAGUGCAGGAAAAGCUAAAUGGCCAGAUUGAAGAUUGUUGCUCAUAUACAAGCUCAAAUAGAGAAAGUUGGGGCAGAUGUUCGUCUUUAGGUGGCAGUGAUGAAGAAUCUUCCGCAGAUUUAAGGGCCGAUGAUAAACUCUCUCAGAAUACUGUGAAGGUGUUUGCAACACCUAUGCGAAGCAUGAAAGAAAAAUUGUCAGACAUGAAAGAAAAAUUGUCAGACUCGAAAGAAGAUGACAAGACGGAUAAGAACAAUAAAAAGAAGAAGAAAAAGAAGAAAGCUGAAAGUAAUGCUAAGAAACCAAAGAGUGACAGGUUUGAGAAGCUAGAGGCCCUUAGCAGACGCUUGCGGCUUUGCCUUCUAAAUGGAUCAUCCCAUCGAAGACACAAGUCCUCUUGACCUCUUUUGUAUCAUAUCAUCGUAUAGUUCAGUUAGUACUAUUAGAACUAGGUCUAGGUAGUCCUUGAAAUUCAACAUGGUUUUAGAUUGUGACUUAGGAGGUUUUAUUUUAGGAGCUGUUAAAAAUUGGUUUCUUAUUGGCUUUCUUUGCGCUGCUAUGAUUAUGAAUGUGAAUCACACCCCAUUAUUGAGUGUUGCAAAUAUCCUUGGUGUAGCUUUACACUUUUGCA